AUGGCCAAACUCAUAGAGAAGUUUUGGCGUCUUGAAGAAGCGUGCUUUCAAGACUGGGAACCAAAGCAACAUGACGAAUGCGAGGCGGAAAGUCACUUCCGCACAACGUUAGAGAUCGCUCCCGACGGGAGAUACAUUACACGAAUGCCCCUACGGGGGGAGCCGUCAUCGUUAGGCGACUCUUAUCAACAAGCAUAUAGAAGAUUCACAUCGCUUGAGCAAAGGCUCAAGCGGAAUGCAGACCUGUACAAAGAGUACAGGGCAUUCAUGAAUGAAUAUGAAACACUGGGACAUAUGGUACCAGUCACCACAGAAGACUUUCACAAAGUAAAGUAUUUCAUCCCUCACUCGUGUGUGGUGAAACCAGAUUCAACAUCCACCAAGGUUAGGGUGGUGUUCGACGCAAGUGCAAAGACGUCAACCGGAGUAUCCCUGAACGAUAUACAAAUCGUGGGACCAACCAUUCAAAAGGACUUAUUUGAUCUGCUAAUUGAUUUCAAGACGCACAACGACGUGCUAGUAGCAGAUAUUGCAAAGAUGUACAGACAAAUUCACAUCGCAUACACAGACACUUGGUUACAAUGUAUUUUGUGGCGCGACAGCCCCAAUGAUCAAUUGAAAGCGUAUAGACUGACGACUGUCACAUAUGGUGAAGCGUCUUCAUCAUUCUUGGCCUGUAGGGCACUACACGAAGCAGCUGAAGAUUAUCGGUCGGUAAAUCCGAGAAUUGCCGACACCAUUCAACGAUCGUUCUAUGUUGACAAUCUAAUGAUUGGAGCGUCCAACGCAGAUGAACUGACGGAGACGAAACGAGAAAUAGAGCAUGCAUUGUCACUUCAUGGAUUUCCACUUCGAAAGUGGGCAUCAAACAACGCAAGCGUACUGGAAGGAAUUCCAGAGAAAGACUUGGAACCAUUGAUCCAAGUUGGUGACCAAGAGGUCAUAAAGACAUUGGGGAUAGCCUGGAACCCCAAAACAGACGUGUUCCAGUUCAUCAGUACGAAAAACAUAGGUGAAACAUACGAAGCGCUCACAAAGCGACAGAUGGUCUCGAAGAUUUUGAGACUGUAUGACCCAAUCGGAUUGAUACAACCUGUAAUCAUUACAGCUAAAAUAUUGAUGCAAGAAUUGUGGACUUAUAACGUCAGCUGGGACGAUGAUGUUCCAGAUCAAGCACUAAGCUCAUGGAAGAAGUUCGAAGCUUCAUUAGUGGAGCUCAGCAAGAUAGAAAUACCUCGGAUGUCGACUCCGAGUCAUACGAUCGCACUAGAUUUACACGGAUUCAGUGACGCCUCCGAAAAGGCUUAUGGAUGCGUCAUUUACUUACAUGCAAUCAACUUAAAAGGAGAAGAGAGUACGAAUCUCUUAUGUUCGAAAUCGAGAGUGGCGCCUUUGAAGAAGGUCACUCUGCCCCGUCUGGAACUCUUGGCGGCGGCACUUCUAGCAGAACUAACUGCUAAAAUAAAGAGCAUUCUGGCCGGUCGAAUCUCGUCGGAAUAUUACUACAGUGAUUCACAAGUAGCGCUAAGUUGGAUCAAAUCUUCAAAUACACGUUGGGGAACCUUCAUUAGAAAUAGAGUGCAGAAGAUACACUCCACCACGAAUCCAGAGCAUUGGAAAUAUAUAUCUACGAAAGAAAAUCCGGCUGAUAUGGUUUCGAGAGGAAUUCCAGUCAGAAAAUUACGCGAAGCAAAACUAGAAUUUUGGUUACACGGACCGGAAUGUAUACGAAGAAGACAAUAUUAUCUGCAGAGCGGCUACGAAUACACUGCUGCUGCAGAACAGGAAGAGAUUAAAGAACCAAUAACACGAUUGGUAGCAGCAACAGGAAAGGCAUGCGAAGACUUAAUCGCAAAAUACCCGCACCAUCACACUCAUGACAAAACAGUAAGACACUUUGCAUGGCUGUGUAGAGCCAUAAACAAUAUGAAGAAGGUCAAUAAAGACACAGGCAUCAGAAACGAAAAGAGAUCGGGCCCACUCACCACCACUGAAUUGAAUGAAGGACUAACACUCGUAGUCCGAAUUAUGCAAGCCACUAUUUAUCCAAAUGAAGUAGCGGAAUUACGAAAAACUGGGAAGGUGCCUACGAAAGGACCUUUCCAGCAUCUCAACGCAAUCGUCAGAAAUGGAGUCAUACAUGUCACAGGGAGACUCCACAAUGCAGAAAUGCCCAUCUCACAAAAGAAUCCAAUAUUGAUUCCCAAAUCGCACCCAUUUUCGAGGGUAAUAAUUCAAAAAAUACAUGAGGAUAGAUUUCACGCCGGAACAGAUCUGGUAAUAAACGAAUUUCGACAAAGAUUUUGGAUGAGGGAUCUCCGAAGGACCGUACAAGGAGUCAUUCAACGAUGCAUCUUAUGUGCCAAAGCGCGGCCCAGACGUUUACAGCAACGAAUGGGACAACUGCCCUCGCCCAGGGUAAAUGAAUCAGUAGCGUUCACUCACACGGGAGUGGACUUAUGUGGGCCAUUCGAAGUAUAUCUCAAUCAAAAAUCGAAAUGCAAGACCACAGCAUAUGCUUGCAUCUUCAUAUGUUUUGCGACCAAAGCAGUUCACCUAGAAGUCGUCGAAGAUCAGUCGACGGCAGCGUUCAUAUCAGCACUUCUCCGUUUCACAUCAGUGAGGGGAAUACCCGAGGUUAUUUACUCCGACAAUGGGCGGAACUUUGUCGGGGCCAGCAGAGAACUCAAUCGUUUACGAAGAAUAUAUAACAAUGAAGUUUUUCAAAACAAAUUAGUUGAUAUUGCGGCAACUCACAGAAUAAGAUUUUCAUUCAUUCCACCCCGAAGCCCCAGCUUUGGAGGACUUUGGGAAGCGAACAUAAAGGUAGCCAAGCGGCUCUUUAGUGCAGCGGCCAGAGGAGCACAGCUAAACAUCAUGGAAUUGCAGACACUGUUCUACCAAGUGGCCGCAAUAAUGAAUUCGCGACCACUCACACCUGUUUACACGACGCCAGAUUCACCGACCGCGAUCACACCCGGUCAUUUUUUGAUAGCACGCCCAAUGCUAGCCGUGCCCAUCCCUACGCAGAGUGAGGAUGGAAGCAAUCUCACAACCAGAUGGAAACGAGUACAAUCGCAGCUCGAACAAUUUUGGAGAAGAUGGAGAGACGAGUAUCUCCACCAGUUACGUGAUUAUGCAAAAUGGACCAAGCAACAAGCCAACGUUAAGGUAGGCCAAAUCGUAUUGAUCGGAGACGAUCACCUUCCCGUAGCAAGGUGGCCUAUGGGAAUUGUCACACAAAUACACCCUGGAAAUGAUGGAGUAGUCCGAGUGGCAGUAGUGCGAACCGCUACCGGAAUUUACAAACGCAACGUGCGAACACUUGCUCCUCUACCAGUCGAGGAGCACACCAUUCAACCCAUUAUAGAAGAGUAUGACAACACAGCUGAUAACGAACAGCAAUCUCAAGCCGAAGCAAUCGAACUAGAAGACGAUCCCCCUCCCCAAGCACCCCAAAUGAUUUGGGACGGUAGACUACGCCCUCGUCCCAAAGGGGGGAGAAAAUGGAAGUACACGAAAUCAGAUUGGGUGACGACCCUAUGA